UUUUUUUUCCCCCUUUUUUUUUUUUCUUAUUUGUUCCAGACUGGUUUUAUAGCAACACGCUCGCCCCCUUUUUUCUCUCUCCUCUCUCUCUCUCUUUCUCUUUUCAUAUUCUUUUGUAAAGCGUCUUCUUUAUACCCAGCCUAUGACCCAUUUACAGUUGUAUAGCGGAUUCACAAAAAGUGGGGAAGAUAAGCAAACCAAAUCAAUGACGACAGAACCAGAUACAUCCAGUCCACCCGACGGUGUUCAAGGUUGGUUACUGAAUGUACAUACCUAUAGGGACCCUGAGACCAUCGAGCACGUAUCUACGAUUGUAGAUGCUGAUAAUAACAGGUAACUGUUGUUAGGUGACGUUUCUCUCUCUCUCUUUCUCCUUACCUUGUUCUUAGUAUACCUGUAGCCCCUCGAAAGUUAAAAAACGGUCGACCCGAGUCGAUCGCAUCAGAAGACAGUGUCAAUUUGGAUGAACUCAUCAAUGCCAACUUUACAACAGACAUGGACGAUGAAACUGAUCUACCUGACUUGGCCGAUUUAGACUUGGAUGACUCUACUGAUGACUUUUGGAAGUUAGAUGCCACAGAAUCACUGGGUCACCUGGAUACUAGUUUUCAUGAAUUCAUGUCCAAGUCUAAUGUGGAUAACUAUGAUCUGAAUUGGAGUCCUACAGAUACAAAGACACAUCCUAUCAAGACUUCAUUACCAGCCACACCUUCUUCCGAUGUGGCUUCCAGGUAUAUAAGAUCAGGCAGUGUCAGUAGUGAGAACAGUCUGAAUUCACAAUCCACUAUCACCCAAUAUGCAAAAUACGGUCUCACACCCGUGACUUACCCGUCUGAAUCGUCUUCUACAUCAUCUCGGUCAUUAAGCAGACUCAGCAACUACUCGACUGCCUCAUCCAACACGACAUCAGGUAUUCCUCACCCACGUACAAACUCAUCGAAUCAUCAUCCGACGAAUGUUGGGAUACCUACACCGAGUCGAUCCUAUACCUUACGAGAAAACACAUCGUCUCAUCUCUUGACCAAAAAGACAGGCACCACACAACCACGUACGCAACUUGCCAAACGCGCUUCACAUAUCCCAGCACCUGCCUCAUACUCGCCUCCUUCUCCUCAACGGACCAUUUCUUCCUCUUCAACCGGAAGUAAGCUGCUUCACCCACGUCUCCCCACCUCCUCACAAAAUCAACAGAAAAGAAUACCCCAGCGUGCAAGCCACAUACCCACUGUUAGAGAAUCGAUACAUCGUCCAGGCUCACCUCUUCAUAACACCUCUGGGAGGGCUUCGGCUACACCGUCUCGAAUAGGCAUACGAAGUCCUACACCUGGUGGUCCUCGCAACAGUUUGUUUAAUACGACAACCACAUCCACAUCAUCUUCACAGACAGGUCGAUCUGUGACACCUACUUCUUCGUCUCGUUUAGAUCAAAAGAGAAGUAUGACGCCUAUGGGCUCAAGACCAAGUGGCCUUCGACCCCCAGGCACUGUUACCAAUGGUGGUUCUAAUGUGAGAAGUGCAAGUCGUAUUGGUUUAUUUAAAAAGACGACUUCAUAAUCUAUUCAUAAUCUAUUCAUAAUACAUAUAUGAUCAAAUAAAACAAAUGUGGUGUUUUCAAAAAA